ACAUCCGGGUUUCCUCCCUUUGAUGUAUAACCGCCAUUGUUAGCUGAUUGAUAUGCACUACACAUACCGAACUUUUACUGAACUACACUUAAUAUGGAGGCAGGUGAAAACGUCAGAAUUGUAAACGAAUCUGAGGGUUCAGAAGUUGAAAAUAUCGUUGCCGAUGAAGAUAGUGAAACAGUGGCACUGGCCGAAGAUAAGUCGCCUACUUUCGGUUUCACUGAACCCUCUUGGAGAACUGAUCUGUGUCUUGUUGUUGAAGGAACAAAGCUUUACGUCGCAAAGGUGAUUCUGUCACUUGCAUCACCAGUAUUUGAUGCAAUGUUUCAAUCUGACUUUAAGGAAAAGUCAAAUGACGAGUUAGAAUUGCCUGGGAAGAAACUAAGGGACGUCUUAGAAUUCCUUCGAUGUAUUUACCCGAACACAUACACCCAAAUUAAUUGCGACAAUGCUAGGGUCAUUCUUCCUUUGUUAGAAGAGUACCAGGUCCUACAGCUUAAACCGAGAUGUGAAGUAGUUAUACUUGAGACUGUUACAGAAGAAACAUCGACGGAUGAUCUGUUUCAGUUGUUGAAUGAAGCAUGUUUGUAUGAUCUUAAAGCUUUGCGUGCUAGAUGCAUAUUUCUGAUAUCAUCUAGGCCAUGUGAUGUAUUGGACGAAAACUACUGUAAGUCGUUCCCUUCGGCAAGUGCAUUAAAUGAGAUAUUUCUACAUGUUAAUACAUCAAUGAAGAAUAAGAUAGCUGAGCUAGAACAGGUUGAAGAAAAAUGUGAGUUGUUAAUGCAGUAUGUAUCGUCAACAUUACGGGGAACAACAGAUUUGAAGUUAGAUCCUGAAAAGAAAUGGGACGACAAGAUCAUAGUUCUAUUUGAAGCAAUUUGUCCUGACAACAACGAGAGUGAAGGAGUUGAAAUUGAGAUUUGGGAGGUCCCUCUUACAAUUUACACAAAAAAGUAAACAGUAAGCUUUACUGUGGUGUUAGAAGCAUUGGUGAAUAUAAGACUGCCUGUGAUAUACAUGUACUCUGCAUAAUCGUUAAUAGACAUCCAAAUGGAAAAAAUGGCACGAUUGUUCACAAAGGCGGAUUUGAUCAACAUAAUAAAUCUGUAACAUUUGAAGUUUUUGACAACACGUAUAUCAACAGCAUUAACAGUGGUUACAUUCUCAACGGAAAGAUCGGCUAUAUUAUAAAGUUGUUCAUGUCGAAGCCAAACAAAUGGACUGAUAGCCAUUGCAAAACAAAACCUCUGUUUUCUAAUAUACCGUUAAUUUAAAUUAAAGUAUUUAUGUGGAGAAAUUGUUGGUAAGGUAGAAAAUUGUGAAGAUAUUUAUGUAUUUUUUGUAAAUUGUUUAAUUUAACAUCUAUGGAUCACUUGGC